AUGGGUCCACUGAAGGUAUUUGGUCUUUUGACAAACCUGCAGUCACCACCCAGACCGUGUGGAAACCUGCAGUCAACACCCAGACCGUGUGGAAACCUGCAGUCAACACCCAGACCGUGUGGAAACCUGCAGCCACCACCCAGACCGUGUGGAAACCUGCAGCCACCACCCAGACCGUGUGGAAACCUGCAGCCAACACUCAGACCGUGUGGAAACCUGCAGCCACCACCCAGACCGUGUGGAAACCUGCAGCCAACACCCAGACCGUGUGGAAACCUGCAGCCAACACCCAGACCGUGUGGAAACCUGCAGCCACCACCCAGACAGUGUGGAAACCUGCAGCCACCACCCAGACCGUGUGGAAACCUGCAGCCAACACUCAGACCGUGUGGAAACCUGCAGCCACCACUCAGACCGUGUGGAAACCUACAGCCACUACAUAGAUGUACAUUGUCAUUAGUGUUAAAGGAAUGCUUAACCAAGGCUUUUGGAGAGGUUUAA